AACAUGACUUUAGAGGCUUAACCUUAAAAUUCCGAAAUUAUCCCUCUCAUACAGAUUUCUCUCCUCCUCCGCUCACUAUUCGACGAACAAUAAUCAGAAGAGAAAGGGGGGAAAUUAACCGGAGAAAUCCACAAACGAGGCGAGAUCGAUCUGGAACUAUGGAAAAUUUCCGGCCCAUUUUCCGAUUGGGAUUCAUCGUCGCUGUUCUUUGUAUAUUGUCACCGGCAGCUGCCUCGAACGAUGACGUUUCGCGUGCCUCCCCAAACGUGUCUGCUACCUGCAACAAUCCUUUCAAAUUGGUUAAAGUCAAGGCAUGGUUGAAUGGUGUCGAAGAGGACGACAUAGGAGGACUAAGUGCAGCAUUCGGUACUCUAUUGCCUACUGAGGAAAAAGAUGGUGUCAAAUUGCGUGUUUCUUACACAAAACCCUUGUAUUGCUGUUCCAAUAUAUCCUCAAAGUUAUCAGGCGCUAUGGCAUUAGUUAUACGUGGUGAAUGUGAUUUUUUAACAAAGGCUAAAAUUGCACAAGCAGGAGGUGCUGGAGGCAUCGUGAUAAUUAACGAUGAUGAAGCUCUUGUGGAGAUGGGUUGUCCUGGAAAUGAGGAAGUACAAAUAAAAAUUCCUGUGGUGAUGAUAUCAAAAUCUGGAGGAGAUGUCCUGCAGAAAUCCCUGGAUGCUGGAAAUAAAGUGGACCUGCUGUUGUAUGCGCCAGAUCGCCCCAUUUUGGACUACUCGGUGAUAUUUUUAUGGUUGAUGGCUGUUGGAACAGUUUUUUGUGCAUCUAUUUGGUCAAAAAUUACUGCAUCCAAGGCGAGUGAUGAUUAUCAAUUGUCUCCAAAGGAAUCUGCUGCAGGAGCAGCAAAAGAUGAUGGUGAUGAAAUACUCAGCAUUAAUGCAAAGAGUGCCAUCUUCUUUGUCAUUUCGGCCUCCACUUUUUUGGUCCUACUUUAUCUCUUCAUGUCCUCUUGGUUUGUUUGGGUGCUGAUUGUACUUUUCUGUAUUGGUGGAGUUGAGGGGAUGCACAAUUGUAUAGUAUCUCUUAUAUCAAGUAAAUGUAAAACUUGUGCAAGGAAGUCAGUGAAUUUGCCCUGUUUGGGGGAAACAACCAUUUUAUCUCUUGUGGUAUUUGUACUCUGCAUGGCAUUUGCAAUAUUUUGGGCUGCGAAUCGGAAAGAAUCAUACUCUUGGAUUGGCCAGGAUAUUCUUGGCAUAGGUCUGAUGAUAACCGUCCUGCAAUUGGCCCAGUUACCCAAUAUUAAGGUUGCUACAGUACUACUGUGUUCUGCAUUCAUGUACGACAUUUUUUGGGUGUUCCUAUCCCCUUUUAUAUUCCACGACAGUGUUAUGAUUGCGGUUGCUAAGGGUGACAAGAGUGGGGGAGAAUCCAUUCCAAUGCUUCUGAGGGUGCCUCGACUAUCAGAUCCUUGGGAUGGAUAUGACAUGAUUGGCUUUGGGGACAUUCUGUUCCCUGGCUUGCUAGUUUCUUUUGCUUUUAGAUUUGACAAAGCUAACCAAAAGGGUCUACUGAAUGGAUACUUCCCUUGGCUAAUGGUUGGUUACGGAGUGGGCCUCUGCUUUACUUACUUGGGGUUGUAUCUAAUGAACGGACACGGUCAACCUGCUCUCCUCUACCUGGUACCCUGCACAUUAGGGACCUGUGUGGCACUGGGCAUGAUUAGAGGUGAAUUGAGAAAACUAUGGAACUAUGGCACUCAAUCUGCAGAGAUAUCUGGCAGUGCCUGAUCCUGUAUUUUACUCUCCCACUGUGUUAUAUAUACUGCAUCAAACAACAGAUCAGCUCGUGGGAGAACGAAAAAACGGGUUACUUCAUGUUCGAGUCAAUUCUAGUUCGGAUUGAGAAUUGUAUGCUCAUGAUCUAGUGUCAUCGGGUUCAGGUCGGCCAAAUGGAUUAUGACUUUGGUUUUUAAGGUUUUUUUGAAUUCAUAUUAACACAUGUAUUUCCCAUUAAAUAUAAAUUAAAGUAUCAAAAAAUAUGUAUGAAAUCUACUCCCUCCGUCCCUAAAUAAACUUCUCCUUUCGUU